AUGCUGCGGUUUGUACUACAUACCCUCGUUUGGACUGCGGUAAUGGUCGGUCUACUGUUCCUGGCUCAUCGUAAAAGAGAGGCAAUAAAGGAUAUGGCUUAUAGUAUGGCGGCUAAGUUGAAACUAAAGUUUGGCGGGUACAUAAGAAUCAAUGAUCACUUUGUAGAGGAUAUGGAAGCAGGAUUGAGCUCUCGUAAUUUCAAUAUACUUUCUUCAAAUUCUCAAGAUCCUAGAAGCGGUUUAGAUGAAGUGUCUAAGGAGGAAAUCAGGAGAAUAAUGCAGCAUGAAGACAUCAGUUUUGAUAAAGCAAGGCUCAUUUACACCACAAAGAAGUUUAGUGAAAAUGGAAUCGCACCUGAUGGUACUCCUUUGGACCCUAAGGCGAUUACCUUUGCGCACUAG